GGAGCACUCAACAACAGGAAGUGUGACGUCUGCUUCCGCCAUCGAGGAUCUCGCCCCACAUGUGAGAUCUGCGUGGGGUUUGUUUGUGUCCAGCAGCGAGCUGAAAGUUGGCCGACUGAGACGUGUCUGUCCUUUGUGUCCUCCUGUACACGAUGAGUCCUGCGUGUGACUGCUGCGGCGAGCACGUCAAUAAGCUGAAUCAGCAGGUUUCUGUGAUGAGGAAGGAAAUCAAGAACCUGAGGCAGAUGUUGGACAGUGCAGCCAGAGCUCAUCGCAAACACAUGAUAUCCAUUCAGGCCGCUGUGUCAAAGGUUGGACUCUGUGAACCUGCUAGAGGCCAGACACCACCACCAUCAUCACAGGCUGCAUUAGAGAAAGGAAACAUCCAGACGGUCCCGAUUGGUUACAUCAGUUCCUGUUUCUCGGUGAAGAACGGGACCCCCAGACAGCCCACCAUCUGUGGCCCCUCCAGGGCAGAACUGCGCAUCCAACAGAGUGUCUUCAACAACCCUGAGCACGCUCUGGUGGGCCUGGAGCACUACUCCCACGUCUGGAUCAUCUUUCUCUUCCACAAAAAUGGACACCUGAGUUACAAAGCCAAAGUGAAGCCUCCCAGACUGAACGGUCAGAGAGUCGGUGUGUACUCCACGCGCAGUCCGCACCGACCGAAUGCUCUGGGCCUAACUCUAGCCAAACUUGAUAAAAUUGUAGGUGAUACAGUACAUCUGUCAGAAAUUGACAUGAUUGCUGGAACCCCAGUCCUGGACAUCAAACCUUACAUCCCGGAGUACGACUCCCCAAACACCAGGAUGGACAUGGACUCAGAGCCUUGUGAUUCAAACACAGACCAGCCAGGUGGAACCACUGUGUCACUAGAUGAGUCAGCAGAGAUGCUAAACCUCCAAAAUGACUCUGAAACAGAUGCUCAGUCAGACCUGAAAAGUGUCCUCGCAAGAGAAACGUCUGAAGCUGACUCACCUGGAGUCUGUGCUCAGUUUUCUCUCCCCAGACACCUCCACAAUGUGCUGGAGGACGUCAAGACAUAUGUGACCCAAGGUGACCUUUUUCAGCCGAGGUGUGAGAGCAAUGAUCAGGUUUCAGACUCAACCAAAAGCAAACCGCAAGAGUCGUCGGUGGAGCGCCCUUGCUAUGGAGAGGAGGCUUACAGCACCAUCGCCGGCUGGAUCACAGAGCCUCCUGUCGGCAGUCUGGAGGUUCGAUUCACCCCUCAGGCUGAGAGGGAGCUGGCAGAAUUCCUUCCAGCACACCGGUCAGGGCCCUCGGAGAGUGACAGACCCAGGUUCAAGUUCCUGCGCAGCCCAGAGGAGGCUGCAGCCGCCAUCAGAGGGGUUCUGUCAGCAGACCCACGGUCAGUCUACAGGAGGACACGCUGCAGAGACAGACUCUUCUUCUUUACCCUGGACACAGCUGACAUCACCUGCUGGUUUGGAAGAGGCUUUGCUGAAGUGCUGCAAGUCCGGCCUGUUGAGCAAAAUAUUGCCCCAACAUGAGGAACCGUCUCAUGCUCCGGAGGUGGAAGGACUCUUUCUUGUGUGCAAGGAAACAAAACGAGAAGCUGUCAAAUGUUGUUUACCUAGACAUUUCCAGUGUCUCUACAGGUGAAUGUGAAAAAAAUAGUCAGACAUAUUAAAAACCACAUGUUUAAAUAUGCAUAGAUUACAUAAAAGACUUUUGAAACAAUG